UCCGGUUGAAAGUAACGGUACUUUUAUGGAAGCGUCUCACCUACACGCAGCCAGCAGCCAGUCGAGUUGGUGCAGCCGGGGGUCUCAUCUCGGAUUGUCCUGCGUUUCACUUCUUCUGGUUUCUGUCGAAGCCAAGGAUUUUUCCCAAAAGUUUAAAACAAGAGGACGUCAGCAAGCUAAAGAGGUAACAUUGGAACAGAGCCUGUUUGUCAACUUGUCAUUGUGGUACAAAAAUGACUGAGGUGGCGCAGGUUGCGGCUGUAGUCGCCCACGACAUGGAUGAUGUCACAAAUGAAAGCGAACUCAACAUGAGCGACAGGGAAGAGGAUACGACACAGGAGGAAGAUGACGUGGCGGUUGAUGACGACAACGCAGCCGAGGAGAAAAGCGAGAAGACGUCACAGAUAGAAGACAAAGAGCCUUGCGACAUGAACGAUGAAGAAAGUGGUGAGACUGACAAGACGCUUGUGAACGGUGUGAAUCAUGAAGAAAACACGGCCGAGGAGAAAAAUGAAUGCUCCGAAGCUGUUAAUGGUGAAGAAGAGGACACAGAGACAAAGGAGGAUGCUGACGAUGACAUAAAUGAAGACCAGACUAUUUCUGAGGUGACGCUGAAGAAAGAGAGACUCCUCCGAUCCAGAAAGCUGGUGGCCAGAAGCUAUGUGCCAAAGCUGAAAGACAAGGGGGAUGUGACGGGCAAGUUUGAGGCCAUGCAGAAGGCCAGAGAGGAGCGCAGCAGGCUGAGGAACAAGGACGAGCAGCAGAAGAGGAAAGAACAAUACGUCAAGGAGAGAGAGUGGAGUCGCAGGAAGCAGCAGAUAAAAGAACUGCUCGCUUCCAGUGAUGAGGAAGAAGAGGUGAAGCCAGCAAAGGUAGAAAAAUCCUACGUCCCUAAAAUCACAGGUAGUGUGAAGGGGAAGUUUGCAGAAAUGGAAAAACAAAGACAAGACGUGGAAAGGAAGAAGAUGGAAGGAGAGAGAAAGAAGAGGGAAACCCAGGACAACAUGGAAAAAGCCAAAAUAACGAAAGAUUUGGCUAAGAAAGCAUCGGAGGAUGGAGAUGACACAAUCCUGGUCCGGGUGGUUCCAUCGAAGUCAUCACGACCUCCAGGCAGAAUCAAGGUGAACUUUGAGGACAUGGAGAAGAAUCGAGAGGAGGAAGUGAAGAAGAAGGUAGAGGAAGAGAAGAAGAGACGGUACGAUGAAAACAGACUCUCCUUCAGGGAUGCCAAGCGGCGCUCGGUUGUCCAGGAUGAAGACGAGAAGCCUUCAGACAGGGUGCUGGUGACUCCUGGAAAGCUGAAGAUGACAUUUGAAGAGUUGGAGAAGGAGAGACAGGAGCACAGGAAGAAGCAGGCUGAGGAGGAAGCAAAGCGACGCCUGCUAGACGAGAAGAAAGCCUUCAAGGAGGCCAGGCUGGGAAUGGGAGAAGAUGAGGAGGACACUCAGUCGGCUGAGGACGACAAGGAGGAGGUCCGACCUGGAAAACUGAGGUUGAGCUUUGAAGAGGUGGAAAGGCAGAGGGUCGAAGAAGAGCGCAAGAAAGCAGAGGAGGAGUACAAGAGACGAAUGGAGGAGGAAAGAAGAACUUUCGCUGAAGCCAGGCGGAGCAUGCUUGUAGAUGAGGACGACGAUGUGCUGAUGGCCUUACUGAACCUGGAGGGCAGCAAGCCUGGGAAGAUAUGCGGCAGUUUUGAGGAUCUGGAACGUCAGAGAAGAGAGGAGGAGCAGAAGAAAGCGGAGGAGGAUGCCAAGAAGAGAUUAGAAGAGGAGAAAAGGCUCUUUGCUGAGGCCCGCAAGAGCAUGAGCCCUGGCCUGGAUCAGGAAAAUUCUGCAUAUGGAGAUGAAACAGUACUAGAUGAAGAAGGAGGGAUGGUGAAGAGUGAAUCCCAGGAAGCACUGCACCCCAGAAAGCUGGAGAUGAACUUUGAAGAGCUACUGAAAGAGAAGGAGGAAGCUGAGAGGAGACGCAAGGCCGAGGAACGCAAAAAGAAAAGGGAGCAGGAGAAGGAGGAAUUUGAACAACUCAGACAAGAGAUGGGCGAGGAUGAAGUGAAUGAAAGCUCAGAUGUUGUAAGCAAAGAGUAUCAAGAACUGACCAAACUCAAGAGGACCGGCUCCAUCCAGGCCAAGAACCUCAAGUCCAAAUUUGAGAAGAUCAAGCAACUGACUGAAGAGGACAUUCAGAAAAAGAUAGAGAUGGAGAGAGCACGGAGGAAGGCCGUUGAUGAUGAAAUUAAAGAGAGAGAAUCGGAGAGGUUCCAGGAGGAGGAUGGGGAAAGAGAAGCAACUUCAGUGAGGGCCGAAGAGUCACCAUUCAAACAGAAGGUGGACAUGAAAGCCAGAUUUCAACAAAUGGCUAAUGCCAGAGAGGAAGAGGAGAGGAGGAGGAUAGAAGAGCAGAAGCUGCAGAGGAUGCAGUUUGAGCAGCAAGAGAUUGAUGCUGCCCUCCAAAAAAAGAAGGACGAUGAUGUGGAGGACGAGGGUAGCAUCAUCAACAGCUCUGCAGCCUAUGAAGAUGAGGAGGACCAUGCCAGAUCGGGGGCUCCGUGGUUUAAAAAGCCUCUUAAAAAUCAAUCAGUGGUGGACUCAGAGCCAGUUCGGUUCACCGUUAAGAUCACAGGGGAGCCCAAGCCAGAGGUAACCUGGUGGUUUGAGGGAGAGAUGCUCCAGGACUGUGAGGACUAUCAGUACAUAGAGAGAGGGGAGACGUCCUGCCUCUACCUGCCAGAGACCUUCCCGGAGGACGAGGGAGAGUACAUGUGCAAGGCUGUGAACAGCAGAGGCACAGCAGCAAGUACCUGCAUCCUCACAAUAGAAACCUAUGACUACUGAUGCCCUUCCAUGUUGUGGAAACUUUUCCUGUUGUCUCUCACUCCUUUUGUAAAACUUCAUUCCUCAUGGUAUGGUCAAACAGCAGAGGGAAGAAAAUAGCAGUAUGCUUGGCAUUCCUAAGGGAGGGAUACACAACACACACAACAAUUGUUGUUUACGUUUGUAAAGCUGCACUCCCGGAUGAUACUUGUGCCAAAACCAGACACGAUUCUUGUUACCAUGCCGAGGGUUAUCUUUGCUGCGAGGCCCUUACGAUAUUUGUGAGACCGGUAAUUUUUAAGUAUCGUAGUACUGUAUUGUAAAUAUCACACUUUAAAGUCCAUACAUGGUACACAUUAUGGUUGAGGCAUUGAAAUGUAAACAGUAAGAUAUUCUUGUGCACUAAUCUUAAAGAACAAGGUACAAGAAUAUCAGUAAAACAUCUUGCUUCAGUAUUCUACGACUGCUCCUCAACAGUUUUCUGUAGUCUCUGCCAUAUUAGUAAAUGGUACUGUGAUACUUGCCUGGUAUUAUAUCAAGGGGUAGCGUCACUUCAUUGAAAAUCCACAGUGAAGCGUGUGUUGACAAUAUUACAGAAACAAAACGUAUACAUCCUGUCUUUCAAUAAAACUCUUUAGGCCAAGAUUACAUGUUUUUAAACUGCAGCAUAUAAAAAAGAUUAAUAUGUAGAUUUUUCAUGUUCGAACCCCCCUUUUUUUCUUUUUGAGUUAAAUGUAAUACUCUUGGUACAACUGUCAUACUUCAGUUGACAAUAGGUAACUGGUUUAUGGUUUGAUAAUGAAAAAAAUAAACAUAGGCUAGCCUGAA